AUGGCUCCAACCCUCGGUGUGCUGAGGAACGUCGUGGAACCAGCUUUCAUCAUCUUCGCCUUCACAGUCGGCGCCCUCAUCAACCGCCGCAGGCCGGACCACGACGAUGACGUAGACUCGUGCGAGCGUGGGUCGGAGGAUUCCUGCUCGCGCCCCACCUCUCCGCUCCUCAAGCCGGGGAUGCGGGCCGAGUCGGGCGAGGUGUCCCGCAUCGACAACAAGCUCCUCGUGCGCUUCUACCGCACCUUUCCCUUCCUCGCCGAGAUUUGGUACUGGAACCUGACGUACUGGGUUUACCAGCUCCUCCGCGCCGUCUCGGCCCGCAUGAUCGCCGGCAACGAGGCCGUCUUCUCCAGGGCGCGGGACCACGCCAUCGCCAUCCUGAACCUCGAGCGGUGCCUCGGCCUCGACGUCGAGCUCGGCGUGCAGCGCUCCGUCCUCGACAACGCGCCCUGGCUGAUGCCCUACCUCGCCAAGGUCUACUACUCCCACAUCAGCCUGGGCAUCUGCUUCAUCAUCUACUGCUACACCUUCCUGCCGCCGGGCACCUUCCAGCGCAUCCGCCGCACCAUCGCCAUGGACAACGCCGUCGCCUUCGUCGUCGUGACGGCCUACCGCUGCAUGCCGCCGCGCAUGCUGCCGGCCGAGUACGGCUUCGAGGACGUGCUCCACGGGCCCAGCGGCGGCGGCAACGUCUGGACCCAGAACCGGUUCCAGCUGACCAUCGCCGCCAUGCCGAGCCUGCACUGCGGCACCGCCCUGUUCCUGGCCUGGUGCAUCUGCCGCUUCUCGCCCCAUCGCCCGCUCCGCCUCGUCGCGCCGCUGUGGCCCGCCGCCAUGCUCUUCACCAUCGUCGCCACCGCGAACCACUUCAUCCUCGACGCCGCGGUCGGCGCCAUGGUCCCCAUCAUCGGCUGGAGGUUCAACCGCGCCAUCCUCGUCCUGCUGCCGCUGCAGAACUGGGUGCUGGAGAGGCUGGGUCUCAAGGCGCCCGAGGAGGAGGAGAGCCCGAUUUACGCGCCUAAAGAGUGGUGA